CUGGAGGCACAGGGAAACAGGUGAGGCUGUAUGGAGGCUUCACUGAGAAAGAACCAGGCAAACCCUCAUCUCCCGAGCCUCAGAAUCUCCCCAGGAACCUCAGUGCACCCAGGGGACCUGGGGAAUUCAUUCUCCCAUCACUGGGCUGCAGCUGCCUGUGGUCUCAAAGGACGAGGGAAAAUGUUGUUUGCAUCAUCACUGAGCAAUUAAUGGUAAAAACCAUCAAUGGGAGAUUUAAUGACAAUCAAAGAAAAAUUGACUGUGUUGAAAUUCUUCAGUUUAAUGGAUCCUUUCUUGAUUAGUACCAUGUGGGAGUAAUCUAAACUCUUUCUUUACUUGCUUUAGAGUAAACAACAUUAAUGCAUGUAUCAGGUGACAGUAAAACAAGGCAGGAGGCAUUGUGGUACUGCACUGAUUCAGUAGGAAAUGCUCAAUAUGUUAACACUAAACACUUUAGGUUUGCUAAGCAGUGAUAAAAUGAUGGUUAUUCUCUUCACACGAUCACAGAGCAAUGGAGUCCCUUUUACCAAAAUUUUUCUUCUCCCUGUAGGUUUCCCCCUGCCAAGUUCUCAGUUGAGGUAAGAUUCUGACCUGACAGUUCUUCAGAUGGGACCCAGGUGCCUCUCCACGUGCUGUUGAGAUCAUUGCUGGUACCCAGAGCAUCCCUGCAUCCUGCACUGCACCCCCACACCUGCAGCACCACACCUGCACCUCUCCGAGCAACCAGGCUGGCCUCAUCCACCUCCUUCCCCUCAGACACAGUCAUCACAAAAUUGCCUGCUGCUAAUGAAGCAGGCUGGCAAUUAACUGCUGCCAGCAGAGCUUUGGCAUCACUCUGAGCAUGUGUCUGAGCUGCUGUAAGCAGGGAAGCCAAUAACAGCCUGUGGUGCUUUUGGGUGAUGGGUGACAGGGGGAGAUCACUGAAGGGCAGGGGGAGGCACCAACCCAUCACCCCCAGGUUAUCCUCUUCUUGCUCUCCUUUCUUGCACAUCCCAGAGGAGCUGCACUCUUCCUUAACAACCCCCAAACUAUUUUUAAUAAAAGGCUUUUCGGUGUGGCACCAACACACAUGGAGCUUUCAAUUACAUUUUAGCUGUCCCAGUAGGAAGCAGCUCUUUAUUGGGAAAAGUGACUUACGAUAGUGCAGCAUUAUGGGUUUGGUCUUUGCAUUACAGGUAUUCAAGGCCCGGAGAAAAUAAAAACUGCUCAGCACACAUUCCACAGCUGAGCUAAGCCUCGUGCAUGAGGAAGCAUUUCGGAAGAAGUUAAGCGUUUGAAGUAAAACUGUGUAGUCAUCUGGUGGAACAGAGACAAGAAAUUGUUAUUUAUCAAGAUGAAACCGGCAUUUGGAUAAAAUUUUCCGGCGCUGUUAAUAACUUCUGUUGACGAGGGAGUUGCGAGAGCGGCGCUGAGGCAGCCGUCCCCAGAGCUCGGAGGAGUGGGAUUUUUCAUGGGCUGUGAGCAGGGGAAGCGCGUGUCUGCCGUAAUAACUUUCUGGGUGCCUCCGUCAGAACGGCCACCACGAAUUUAUCUUUUUCUGUUCUCUCCCAAAGCUUUGUCAGUUUUGAGUAAUUUGCUGUGAGUAGCAGCUGCUGGAGUGCCACAUGGCCACGUGCGUCUCCGACAUGAACUCCAGCUCCCUGAGCAGUUUUAUCAUAAUGAUUGAGUUUCUUAAGUUGAAUCAAGGAUGUCUCUGGAGUUCCCUACAACGAUGUGAACUUAAGAUAAACAAUGAAUGAUGAAUAGGCCAAUUACUGAAAUCUCUUUUACUGAAAUCUUCGGCUGAGGCAGUAGGUGGCUGGUUGGUAAGAGGAGGCACACGUCCUCUCAUCUGGCAAGUGUUACCAAAAGUUGGAUGGUUUGAAGUUCUGGCCAAUCAGGCACUGGCUAAUGAGCACCUUUCUUUUAUAUGUGAUUUUUCCCUUUCUCUGUUUGCUGCCCGUAACACUGGAAGUGGAGAGGGAGCCUGAGCCACAUGCUGUGAAUGCUUCACCACUGUACAAAUGCCUGCCCUCGGCCCCCACAGUGCAUCCCAGCACAAGGCACAAAAGCAGCAGGAGACAGUCAAGGGCUGUCUGGUGGUCCUGCACAUCUUCUGGGGUUAAGGAAGCCUUUCCUGAGAGACCCACCCAGAUGAGAGGAGCAGCCAUUCCAUAAGUCUACCAGCAGUCUGGUAAAACUUCGUGGGCGCAGCUGCAAAGGGAUACAGACAGCACAGCUGAGGAUGGAGGGAAAAGCACCUCAGGGCAGGGAUGCAGCACUUCAGCCAUGCUGUCAGUCAGCAUUCUGGACAUGCUUGGGGCUGAAGCACCAAAAAGAGCAAAGCAAGAGGCAUUUUCCCUGCUGAGAGAUCUCCCAGUGGCAGACGAGGAGGUGGACACAGCGGGGUCCCUCGGGCCCUCUGGCUCCGUGCUGCUCCUCUGGCUCCAUCCAGGAGCAGGUGUCACCACUGCCAGCAGUGAGAGCUUCAUGGCACCACGUGCCACAGUAAAUGAUAUGAUUUACUUACUACCUAUGGAAUUGACCAAUUAAUUCACUAUCCACAUUAAUAUUAUGGCUCAUUUUUAACUUUACUGUCUCCAUCGUUCCAAUUUAGUGCUGCUCAGAGAUGCUGCCACUGACCUUAAUGGGUUUUUCAUUAUAACAAAGAGCACGAUAUUAAUCACGAGGGGCUUUCAGCUGGAAGUUGCUGCCCAAACCCCACUGCUUUGAGGAGCUACUUUUCAGUGCUUUGAGGACCAAUUUUAUUCCUGCCAGGCUGUUCACCCCAGCUCGCACCAUGUACAAUCCUUUGUGCUGUCCAGGAGGAAUUUCUUGGUAUAACAUUUCCAAGCACAGAGAUUUUAUGCAGCAGUCAAGCUAUGCUGCAGACAUGAUAGAUUUUUCUGGGCAGACGGGAACAAGGAGUAGAAAACUGAAAGGAUACACCAGUCAUAGCCAAUGAGCCUCCUAUUGUCCUGUAUAAAAAUCAAAUGCCUUUUAAUCAUUUCAAAUGUUCUUCUGGGUAUCAAUUAGUCACACAUUAAUAUCAGUAUUGCUUCUCUUCCUCAGUUCACAUCAGAUUAAAUUCUCCCCUGUCAUAUACACUCACUCUCAUUAGCUUCAUGGAAAAUUAGUAAUGGUUCCCUCUCCAUUGGCAUUGAUGGGAGAUUUUAAUCAGACCUGCUUUUUAUACAGAGAACUUCGUUGUCAUCUUAAGGACACUAAGGAGUUUUCCCCCAAAAUUGUUGUGUUUUUAUAAAAAAUACUUUUAUUUUUUCCUCUGAAACCCUAAAGUCUGAGUCAGAGCAAUGGGGAACGGGAGGAAAAACCCCAACAUUUUUCAUGAGUGUCAUCCUGCAGUUUCUGUCCCUCUCUGCAACUCAACUAUCUGUCUCCUUGUCAGGCUCCAGUGACACAGCCACAGGUGUGAGGGGGGGACAGCUGGGGUUGCCCAGGGGGUUUGCUGCUGUAAAACCCCCCACCCAUGGCUGGCUAUUCAUAACACUCUCUGUGGAGAGCAGCAGUGUGGAGGGAUCUCAUCCUGCUCCCUGCCCUCUGUGGGGCCAGGACACUGGGCUGAGCUGGCCCUGGGGCCGCUGUGCACACGUGCCCACGGAUGUGCGUGCAGUGCCUGUGCUCACCCUCACUGCCCCCAGCCCUCCUGGGCAGCAGUGCCCAGUUUUGCAACAUCAGCAGGCCAAGGGCUCCAGCCCAGCCACAGGAUCCCCCACACCCCCACCUGGGUGGUGUGGGUCCCUGGCCUCUCCAUCCCCAGCACUGCCAGUGCUGGAAGGGACCUGUGAUAUUUACUGAGUUUUAUUAACUCCCAGCCCUGGGAGGUUCUCACCUCUUGCAGCUAAUUCAGACACCCGACUCCUGAUGGAGUUACAGUGAUUGCCAUUAAAAAGCUUGACAUUUACCUUACAACAGUAAUAAAAUAAUAAUGCCUAAUUUGGUUUAUGAGUGGUAUUUGCAGUGUUUCCUGCGUCUUGAGUGGGGGAUAUGGUGAAGAUCUGCUGAUCAAUUAUGUCUGCUUAGCAGCACUGCUGUAAUUCUUUCCUGUAAUCAGAACCAUCUUUCAGUAGAGCUGCUCCAAAGUUUUCCUCUGAAACUCUGAAUUUGACAAGAAAAGAAAAUGUUUUUAAAUACUUGAGUUUCCAGUGAAUAACAAAACUUCCGAGAUGGAACUUUCUAGUUGGAAGUUUAGACAGACAAACCUGGUGUCUGCACAGAUUUGCUGCAUUUAGAUUUCCAAAACCUCUCAGAUGUUUUCAAAGGCUGCCUGUGAUUGCUUUCCAUUUAAAAGGUUGUUUUUUUUUCUCCUCCAAAUAACCUCAUGAGCAUGAUCCCCCUUCUGUUAUGUACAUCUUAAAUAUUAAACCCCUCCAGUGUGUUUUACACCUCUGGCAUUGCUGAGAGGCUGUGGGGUGAGGAGCUCCUGCUGGUCUGGGGCCAGGGAGCCCAAACCCCUUUGCAGGGAGCAGAUACACUCCAGGGCACACUCCCAGCACACACAUGUGCACAGUGCUCUCCCCAAGCUAUUCAGCAUCCACACUUCUGUCCUUCCGCAAUUUACCCCAGGUUGCAGGCAGCAACAUCCCAAUGCUCACAAAGCCAGUGCCAGACCUGCUAAAAGCAAUUUCUUUCUCCAUUUCUCAUCCUGAGCAGAACUCGAUGUGGAUUUUCUUUUUUCAGUGCAAUUUUAAUUAGUGCAUGAUGCACUUUGGGUUUUUAUUAGAGUAAGCAGCUUGGAAAAAAAGUCCAUGCCAGCUCUUCUACACCAGGGAGCCUCAUCCUGUUCAGACCAGAAACCUCACGCUGGAUUUCUGAAAGCCUUUCUUAAGAUGGGUUCAUUUCCAUGAAGAAAUGCUACGAUUUCAACAAAUGGAAAUUUUUGAACAUAGAAAAAAGAAGAAAAAAAAAUUAUUCAGGAAAUUCCUGGCUAGGCCGACUUUGGGGUAAGGCUGUGCACAAGGCGGAGAGCUCGGGCCUCACCCCACACACACACUGCACACGUGUGCACCCUGCAUGGCCAUGCACAGCCGUGCACACCCUGCUUAUCUGCACACAUUACACACACACCUGUGUGCACACGUGUCCCCCUGCCAUGCCCGUGUCCCCCUGCCAUGCCUGUGUCCCCCUGCCAUGCAGGGACCCCACUGGCAGCUCCUGGGCUGUUCCCACACACACACGAACAGUGCAGCAAUGUCCCUGUCCCCAAGUUCAUGGGGGACUGGCAGACUAGGCACCUCCAGCCAUUGGCACAUGGGCAAAAGGCUAGGGCAGAAGUGGAGAUCAAACCAGAAGCAUGGCCCUGGACGCGUCUGACAGCCACUGCACGGUGGGGCUUGGCGCAGACGCCUGUCCAGCAGCGUGGGAAUGGCCGGGGCCCUGCGGCCAGCAGCGCUGCGGGAAAGCUGGCUGCCCCUCCGUGGGGGUGGCCGUGGCCCAGCCUUCCCACCGCGUGUGCAGACAGAGCCUCUCUAACUCCACCUCGGAGCGGGCUGGCUCCUCGCACACGGAGGAGACCAUGGGAGAGACGGCUCGGCACAGCCCGGAGGACUGCCACUUUCUAGAUGCAGAGGCAGCCAAGCCACGGAAGAAGAGCUGCCCCCGGUACCAGCUCUGUGGACUGCUCUUCAGCGUGCUGCUCCUGUCUCUUAUUCUGAUAUUUUUUGGUGUCAAAUACCUCCGGAACCCAGCACCCAGAAAAGUUUAUGACAUGGAACACACAUUCUUCAGCAACGGCGAGAAGAAGAAGAUUGUCAUGGAGAUUGACCCACUGUCCAGGACAGAGACCUUCAGCAGCGGGAAUGGCAGUGAGGAGAUCCUGGAGAUCCAUGACUUCAAAAACGGAAUAACCGGCAUCUUCUUUGUGGGACUUCAAAAGUGUUUCAUCAAAACUCAGACUAAAGUCUUACCUGAGACGACAGAGGCCAAGAUCCCUGAGCUUGAGGGACAAGAAAUCACCACCACCUACUUUGAGCAGUCUGUGGUCUGGGUCCCUGGGGAAAAGCCCAUUCAGAACAAGGAAUUCCUGAAGAGCUCCAAAAUUUUUGACAUCUGCAAAAAUGUGACUGUCUUCUGGAUCCACCCCACUCCAAUAGCAGCUCCUGAGCUGGCCAACCUUGAGGGGGCAGAAGAGGAAGACCCUGAGCUGCUGACAGACAACCAGAGCUGGUUGGAUGGGGGGAGCGAGCACGAGCUGGAGAAGGACACGCAGGCGGGGCCCAAGCGUCGGGCACGGCAGCUCACCGAGGAGGACUUGCCCGUCAACGACUACUCGGAGAACGGGCUGGAGUUCCACCCUCUGUGGGAUGAGCGAGGCUACUGCUGCGCCCAGUGCCGCCGUGCCAACCGCUACUGCCGGCGCGUCUGCGAGCCCCUGCUGGGCUACUACCCCUACCCCUACUGCUACCAGGGCGGCAGGGUCAUCUGCCGCAUCAUCAUGCCCUGCAACUGGUGGAUCGCGCGGAUGCUGGGCAGGGUGUAGCGCCGACACCGCCGACAGCUGAGCACCGCCGGCACGGGGAGCCCGCACGCCUCCCGGCCGGGCACCGCCCCGUGCCCCGGCCCUGCACCCCGGCUGCUCCCGCGGCGCCGGGGCAGGCAGCCCCCGAGAGGGUCGUCGCCAGGCUGAGCAGCGAGAGGCAAACAAUAAACGUCUUGUA